AUGGCCACCCAGCAAUAUAGCGAUGAGUCGCCUCAUAAAAUCAACAUUAUCAGCUUCAACUGCUGGGGCUUGAAGUAUAUCUCCAAGUUCCGCCGUGAGAGACUGUUGGAGAUCGGCAAACGCCUCGCCAACGCCGAUUUUCCCCCUGAGAUAGUUGGGUUACAGGAAUGCUGGACCCAGGAAGAUUACAAUGCGAUCCGCAACGAAACUAGACACAUCCUGCCCUAUGGCAAAUUCUACCAUAGCGGAAUUUUUGGUGGAGGAUUGGCGAUUCUGUCGAAAUGGCCGAUCGAGGAAAGCAGUAUGUUCCAGUAUCCGCUGAACGGACGGCCAACGGCUUUCUUUCGAGGGGACUGGUUUGUGGGCAAGGGAGUGGCGUACGCGCGAAUAAGGAUUGGACCAGGCUCAAAGGAUGUUGCUGCGGUGUUUUGUACGCAUCUUCAUGCCCCCUAUGAGCGGGAGCCGAACGAUUCCUAUAUCUGCCACCGCACGGCCCAGGCGUGGGAAAUAGCUAAGCUAAUGCGUGGCGCUGCAGAGAGAGGGCAUCUGGUUAUCGGUCUUGGAGAUUUCAACAUGCUUCCCUUGUCCUUUGCACAUCGCCUGAUCACCGCCCACGCCCCAGUGACAGAUGUAUGGCGCUACCUUCGCCCAGAGUCGUCUAUCGGUGCAGCCAUAGACGACGUUGAAAUUGCGCGUAACAAGCCAAUUCCCAGUGCAGACUUUAAUAUACUUGAAAACGGGGCAACUUGUGAUGGAGCCUUCAAUACAUGGCGGUGGUCCAAAGAAGACCAGAAACGGUUGGCUCGAGAGGGCCAUAUCAGUGUUGAUGGCAGUCUACCAGACCCAUAUGCAAAGAGACUGGAUUAUAUCUUCGUAGGGAAUGGGUCAUAUCUCAACCACACUGACGACGUCAUCCCAUCCUCAUCGUCGUCAUGGAAAUGGAAUAUUCACUCUGCCAGGGUGGGCAUGAUGGAGCGUCACCCAACACUUCAUUGUUCUUUGAGCGAUCACUUUUCAGUCGAAGCCACUGUUGUCAGAGCCCAUCCACCUGUCUGCCGGACUGAAAGGAAACCGUCCAGUGAUGCAGAUGAUGAUGAGAAUGCUCCAUCUCUUUACUUACCAAUCCAAAGUCACACUGGCCCCAACACAGCCAUCAAUGAUUAUGCUAUAUUACGACAGACCUCUAAUCUGCCUCCAGAAGUCACCAAAAAACCAGUCCCUGCCUUAUCUGCUGAUGUAUAUGAUGAUGUCUUGGAUAUGAUAUCUGUCUACAUGGUACGAGAACGGUUCCAGCGACGAGCAAGGUUAGGCCACUUCCUCAUCUCGAUAGCGGUGUCCAUUGGGUGCUUUAUUGGAACAUGGUGGACACCUCAUCCAUACGUUUCGUUUAUCCUCUGCCUUGUCAGCACGCUUAGCCUGUCUGCCGGCGUUAUUGACGGUCUAAUUGGUGGAUUAUUUGUCAGUAGUGAGAUACGGGCACUCAAGGAGUUCCAGUGGGAAAUCAAGAACACCAGACGGACGGUAUUAGGCCUAGGCCUAGAUAUAGAGGAGGAUCUUAGGUCGCCCAAAAAGAGUGCUCACUAA